AUGCCAAGUGAAGCAGUCAAGUCAGAAUUAGAAGUAUUAGUUAGAAGAGAUUUAACUGCUAGUGGUUUCCUUAUCAGAGACCAUAAUGGAAGACCAGUUAUUGCUGCAACCAAGUGUGUUGGCAAUUCUUCUACCCCUGUUGCAGAAGCUACUGCACUUAGAGAUAGUCUAAUUGCGGCCAAAGACAAAGGUUUUACAAGAGUUGAAGUUGAAGGAAACUCAAAGCUGGUUAUUGAUGCAGUUACUGGAAUUGUGAUUUCACCGUGGAGGCUACUCAAGUUGAUUGAAGACAUUAGAACCAUUGGAACUUCCUUUUCUCAAAUUACCUUUAAGCAUAUAUAUAGGGAAGCAAACUUUGUAGCUGAGGCUAUUGCAAAUUUAGGACAUGAUGCUGCUUCUCCUAUGUCUUGGAGUGGUCCCAAAUGA